UGAGUCCGUCCUCGUCCUGCUUCUUCCCCUUGUCCUUCUUCUUCUUGGGCAUCUUGGCGUCUCUGCAGCCACAAACAUUGGUUCACACGCCUCCGAGCGGAUCUGCUCCGCCGUCGGUGACGUCCCGUCUGGGACUCACUUCCGGUCCGGCAGGUGCGCAGACGCGCCAGUGGUGUCAGCGGUGGGAUGCUGAUGUCUGGACUCACCUGUAGUGUGUGGCGCGCGGUCCAACCUGAAUCCGGUGAUGGCGCUUUCAUCCUCGCGCAGAGGGCGGCGCUCUUUAUACGCGCUCUUCCAGGAGCUGACGACCGAUCAAAGGAAACGGCGCGCGCUCCCGUGAAGCCCCGCCUCCAGGUCAUGCAUAUGGAUCAGGCCGUCGCCGUGGCAACGGAGCAGCAGACGCUGCCUCGACUCGAGUCCGGUCAGAGGUCCGGUCCGCGGCACCAUCGGGUCCCUGCUGACUUGUGGGCCGAGUGUUUGACUCGAAGGCCGCGGUCGGUUCAGCUGGUGCGUGCAGGCGACCUGCGGAAACUCAGCCGAGCUCAGGUGCUCGGCGGCCGGAGCGAUGCCGAGGAAGGGCCCCCGAGCAGGCAGCAGGCUGCAGAGGCAGCAGGCGGAGCAGCAGCAGCUGCGGAGGAAGGAGGAGCUGCUGACGCUGUUCCUCAGGGACAAGCUGCAGAAGGAGGAGCGCAACUCGCUGGUGAACCGGCAGAAGCUGCGCGCGGCCUGGCAGACGCUCGCGCGACAAGCACGGAGCCAGGAGCUGCGCGAUGACGUCAUCACCCUGCAGCAGGACUCCGACCGGCAACUGGACCACCUGGACAGCGUCAUCAAGGGCCUGGAGCGGGAGCUGCGGGAGGCGGAGCGUCAGGUGGCCUGCGGGCGCCGCCUUCACCUGCAGAACCUGCAGCGUCUGCGGCGGCUGCAGGAGCAGUGCGCGGCCGCGGUGCAGCGGCGCUGGCAGAGCUGUCUGGAGAGCCUGCGCCGCAGGUUCCUCUCAGAGAGGUGGGAGCGGCGCCCACCCCGGGGCCGCCUGCCCACCUCCGGACCUGCGCUCUGCUUCCUCCUCAGGAGUCACAUCGUGGCCCAGUGUCUGCUGAAGGAGGCCGACUGGGAGGACGUCCGCUUCGCUCUGGAGCAGAAGCACCGGGCCGAGAAGGAGGAGCUGCACCAGCUGUACGGGGAGAGCAUGGCCGUCCUGGAGGUGGCCCGGCAGGAGCAGGUAGAGGCGUGGCGCCUGGCUCUCCCUGCCGCUCCUCAGCCUGGACCUGUGUCUCUGCAGGCGGCGGUUCUGGCCCAGAGCAACUUUGAGAUGCUGAACGACAAGAUCCGUCAGAACCAGGAGGCCAAGCAGCAGCAGGACUCCGAGUCCAAGGGCCCGGAGCGCAAGGGCCAGCGCGUGGUCACCGUGAAGAACACCUGCAAGAAGAAGCUGAAGACGGAGGUCAGCGACCUGCAGCAGAAGAUCGGCAGCAUGGAGCUGGAGAACAUCCUCCUGACAGAGAGGCUCUCAGCUGUCGAUCACCACCUGCCCACGCUGCGACGGCGUCUCCUCCGGGAUCGACAAGCGGCGCAGAAGAAGCUGAAGGAGCUGGCAGUCGUCAGUGACUCGGUGUCCAGACGACUCAAGUCUGCCGUCGCCAUGGGGGAGAAGGUGCUAGCAGCGCUGGAGUCAUGUCAGAAGCUCCAGCCAGAAGAACCGAAGGCCGACGUGAAGGUUCUGCUGCGGCGAGAGCUUCUGCAGGAGCAGCGAGAGCUUCUGCGGCAGGAGAACCAGCAUCUGAGGACGGUGCUGCGUCAGCGGCUCGACUCCAUGACGCUCAGCCACCACGCCCUGCUGGUCAUCGGCGCCGCUCCCACCACCGCGGCUCCCACCGAGCCCGCGAGGCGCCACACCGUCAUCGAGGCAGCGCUCGCCGUCAGAAACGCGCUCUGACGCGCGGCUCAGGAAUGUCUUUUCACACUGUGGCUUCUGUCUCGGGUGGGUCCACUGCGCCCCCUGCUGUCGCUGCCUUGUUUUGUUUUUUAAAUAGAAACGAAAUAAAAAGCUUUGGUUGAACUACAGCACAAUAA